AUGUCCGAAUCAGAAUCAUCAGAAUUAUCGGAUUAUGAUGAAUUGAAUUAUGGCGAGAGCGAGGAUAGCGAAGAACAGGAAGAAAACAAUAAUUAUGAGUCACAUUCAUUAAGGUCAUUGCAACGAUUACUAGUGGCAUUCCGUGCAGCAACAAAUAUUAAUGAUGAUGAAAACGAGAAAACCUUUGCAUUUAAAAUCACAGACCCUACAGUGUUUAAUAAUUUGAUCGUAGUUUGCCUGAAAUACGUUAUAGAAGUUUUCGAUCACCACUUGAAGAGAGAGAAUCAAGAUUUAUCUAAAACGAUGUGUACAAAUAAGAAAUGGAAAACAUUAGAACCUCUUGUGAAGUCAUAUUUGAAUACUAUUAUUCAUAUGUUCAAACAAAUAACAGAAGAUGAUAUGAUUUACUUAAUUGUGAAAGAAUCAGAAAAAAUAAUUCCAUAUUAUGCAUGUUUACCAAAAUUAGCAAAUCAUUAUUUAAAGCAAUUGCUUGAAAUAUGGGGUACCGCCAAGGACAAAACCAGAAUUCUAGCAUUUCUUAAUAUUAGAAAACUAGCAUCGAUAUCACCAGCACCAUUUAUAGAUUUUUGUUUAAAGGGUAUUUACACUACAUUUGUCCAAUAUUGUAAAGAUACCACCCCUUUCACUAUUCCGUCAAUCAAUUUAAUGAGAAAUUGUGCAGUUGAAAUGUAUGGAAUUGAUUUUAAAAGUUCUUAUCAGUCCGCGUUUCGAUAUAUUAGACAAUUAGCUAUUCAUUUGAGAAAUUCCAGUCAUAAAAAGAAUGAUGAAUCUUUCAACGCAGUAUAUAAUUGGCAAUAUAUUCAUUGUCUUGAUUAUUGGUCAAAUGUGUUGGCAACUUAUUGUGAUCAAGAACGAAUAUCUGGUGAAAAUUCCUUUCAAGAAUUAAUUUAUCCAUUUGUGCAAGUUUCUACUGGAACCGGAACUUUUAUUCCCCUUGCCCCUUAUUUAUUUGACAUUUUACAAUCUUCUGAAAUUCGACGUAAUCCCAAACCUACAACAUUGAAACCAUUAGAUUUUAUGAUAAUAUUAAAAGCUCCCAAGAAUUACUUACAUACUCGAGUUUAUCAGGAGGGAAUAUACGAAAAACUUUUAGAACUUUUAUUCGAAUAUUAUUCAUGUUUUUGUUCGUCAAUAGCAUUUCCUGAAUUAGUGAUUCCCGCUAUAAUUCAGAUUAAACGGCAUAUCAAACAUUCAAAAAAUUUAAAAUUCAAUAAACAACUUCAACAAUUGGUUGAAAAAUUGGAACAAAAUUCUAAAUUUAUUGAACAACAUCGAUCACAAAUUGAUUUUAGUCCGAAUGAUCAUGCUCGAGUGGUAAAACCAUUUUCUUUAUUGAAUCAACUUUUUAUUCGAUUUUAUAAUAAGAUUUAUUUCAAUCCACAGAGUGCAUUUUCACAAAAUAUGAAUCAAGAUUCAACACCACUAGGUUCUUAUGUUAAAUCUAAUAGAAGACUGAAAGAGAAAAAAGAAAAGAUGAUUAAUUUGGAAAUGCAAGUUAAUUAUGCAGAUCAAUCCUAA